CUUAGCAGAAUUUCCCCAUGGUAUGCGAGCUCCAUUCACUGAAACCUCAAGUACAAUAGAUAGCCUGCGUUUUCGAGUUAUUAAUUUUGAUUAGCCACCGAUCUGUCCAUUCCAAUACCUCAUCCACCGCACUUUGCAACCUGUCGUGAACCAGAUGGUCAUCAGCAUAUAGAUAGACUUCACAGUCGCUAGGGCAAGGGACAUCAUGCGUGAAAAGUUAUAUGUUGGCUGACGAAGGAUUCGACGUAUGGAUGGGAAACGAAAGAGGCAAUGUGUACUCAAGAAACCACACAGUCCUCAAUCCAGAACAUGAUGCCGCUUUUUGGGACUUUAGUGGGCACGAAAUUGCAAUAUACGAUUUGCCCGCCAUGGUGGACUAUAUCUUAAAUCAGACCGGCAAGGACGGCUUGUAUUACACAGGACAUUCUUUAGGCAACACCUUAUUUCUGGUAAUGACUUCACAACUUCCCGAAUACAAUCAAAAAAUUAAAGUACACGUUAGUUUGGCUCCCGUUGCAUUUGUAGAAAAUGUUUUCAGCCCCUUGAUGAGGAUCUUUGCUUUCUGGGAAAAACCUAUAGAGAUGCUAUACGAUCUCGUCGGACCAUGUGAGUUUCUUCCCAGUGAAAGCUUUGUAUCUACCAUAAGCAAGUUUCUCUGCCAACCAGGAAGUCAGAUACCUCUUUUUAUCUGUGAGAAUAUAUUGUUUGCAUUGGCUGGAUUCAAUCCCAAAAUGAACGUCACACUCUUACCGAAGAUAAUGUCACACGUACCUGCAGGAUGCUCGACAAAAGAAUUCAUCCAUCUGGGACAGGAAAUGAGGUCUGGUCAUUUCCGCCAAUACGACUACGGCACUAAAGGUAACGAGUUGCACUAUGGACAGAAAUCUCCUCCGGAUUAUGAACUAGAUAAUAUUACGACGCCAGUGUAUCUCAUCUACAGCCAAAAUGAUUGGCUAGUAACUGAAAAGAACACAAUCAAACUUUGCACUAAGCUUGGAACCGCUUGCAGAGGAACGAUCAUGGUGUCAGACUUUUCGUUUAACCAUCUUGACUUUGCGUACGGUACUGAUGCUCCCGAGCUGGUUUACCGUAAAGUGAUAAGCAUGUUUGAUCGUCACUAAAGCAAUAUACAAUGUUUUUCAAAAAGGUCCUCCCUCCCACUUUAUUUUUUGAACGGGCGAAGUUAGCGAGCUAAAAUUCGGUGAUGAUGAAAUUGAUGUAUACUUAGCGUAGAAGCGGUAGUUGUAAAUUCUAAGAUGGCGGCUGUGCGGCGUCUGCAAAUAGAAUGGUCAUGUGACACCCCAUCAUAAAGCUCUUUAUGAGUGUUUUAUAUUGCUAGAGUAUGAAUCUACUAUCUUUCAAAAUGAUGGACUGACGGGCUGCCCAAUCUGAGCCUUUCC